AGUACAAACGAAUCGGGUCCAAGUCUCUUUCUGUUACCAGAACCAACUAGGGUUUUUGUUUCCUUUGUUCUUCUUCUUCUUCUUUUUUCCUUUGUUAAACCACAGUUUUGUCGUUCACCAAAUCACAAUCAUAAUCUAGUAAGUUUUGCCGUAUACUGAUGAGGCCGAUACUGAUGAAAGGCCAUGAGAGGCCGCUGACAUUUUUGAAGUACAACAGAGACGGCGACCUUCUAUUCUCGUGCGCCAAGGAUCAUACUCCAACCGUCUGGUUCGCCGACAAUGGCGAACGCCUCGGCACUUAUCGUGGCCACAACGGCGCCGUCUGGUGUUGCGAUGUCUCCAGGGAUUCGUCUUUGCUGUUAACUGGAAGUGCGGAUCAGACAGCAAAACUUUGGAAUGUUAAAACAGGGACUCAGCUGUACACUUUCAACUUCGACUCACCAACUAGGUCUGUUGAUUUUGGAGUUGGUGAUAAACUUGCUGUCAUAACAACUGACCCCUUUAUGGGAUUGCCUUCUGCAAUUCAAGUGAAACGAAUUGCCAGAGAUCCUGCUGACCAGUCCGGUGAAUCUAUUCUUGUACUCAAAGGACCUCAGGGAAGAAUUAACAGGGCUGUUUGGGGACCUUUGAACAAGACUAUCAUAAGUGGUGGUGAAGAUUCUGUAAUACGUAUCUGGAUUCUGAGGUUACACUUUCUUACUGGGAAAUUACUCAAAGAGUCUGACAAGGAGGCUGGUCACAAAAAAGGCAUAACAUCACUUUCAAAAUCCAAUGAUGCGACGCAUUUCAUCAGUGGUUCUCUUGAUAAGUCAGCUAAAGUAUACUUCUUUGUCAUCUUUGCUGUGGAUAUGAGAACAUUGACACUUCUGAAGACCUAUACAACUGAACGUCCUGUGAAUGCAGUUGCAAUGUCUCCGCUUCUUGAUCAUGUAUGUACUGGUGGAACAUCUGUAAUUGCUUUUUACACUCAUCUGUAAUUGCUUUUUACACUC